CCUACCGUCUGAAUUCGAUAUCUACCGUCUCGUCCUCGAAAAGAAAAAGGGAGAGAGAAAGAAAGAAAAUAACCCGACUCGCCCCUUAAUAUCUCAUUACCGACAUUCCGCUAAUAUUUCGAUUGUCUAUCCCGAAUUGCGGUAAAAAUGAAUAACGAUCUUAGCCUCUCGAGGGCUUUGGGCGGCCUACGCAUUGCAAACCCAGACGAUGCGCCGAGCUCGUCCCAAGAAGCGGACGAAGAUGAUGCACCCACGUCAAACCAAACCCCCCCUGAUACCCGCCCCUCCGAAUCCGACUUAUACACUGGGCAGAGCAGGCCUCAGACGGGAGAGAUGUCAACAGUUAUCUCUGGUAUGACAACCGAUUCUCAAGGCCAGGUACCUCAGUAUCCACAAAAUGGAGCUUUACCAUAUGCGAACCCUCCUGCUUCUUCCCGACCUCCGUCUGGACUAUAUAGUGCUACAGCGGCUGCAGAAAGGGAUCAAGCUGCAAACUCUUACCAUAUCCUAAGGACAGACCCGUCCAGGACACCUUCGGAGUAUGCUUCGAGCAUCCCCUCCCGUGAGCCGAGUUACCGGGAGCGACCGUAUAAUCAGAACCGCCAGCUUCAAACUGUAGCCGGAGGUGGCCCAUUACCUCCUAGGAGGAGUUCGAAAGGUAUGGGUGGUGGCUACGCUUCAAUUCCUGGUGUCCCUACCGUUCCCGAGCCUCGUGGUCUCGGGUCAGAUAUGCAGGUGUCUAAUAGCAGUGAGGAAUGGAAAGAUCGCGGAGCUGCUGUUUCGAUACGGAAGGAAGUAGAUGCCAACGGAAAGACUGUCAUGAGGCCGGUCAAGAAGGGUGUCCGAGACUUUUCUUUCGGUCGCGUUUUAGGGGAAGGUUCAUAUAGCACAGUAUAUUUCGCUACGGACCGACAGACCCUUAAAGAGUAUGCCAUAAAAGUCCUCGAGAAGAAGCACAUCAUCAAGGAGAGGAAGAUAAAAUACGUCAACAUCGAAAAAGACACUCUCAACCGCCUCACCGAACAUCCUGGUAUCGUGCGACUUUAUUACACCUUUCAAGAUGAAAAUUCCUUGUAUUAUGUUUUGGAUCUCUGCAACGGUGGCGAGCUUCUGGGCGUGUUGAAAAAGACAGGUACCUUCGAUGUCGAGUGCACAAGAUUCUUUGGAGCACAGAUUCUGGAUGCUAUCGAGUACAUGCACUCGCGCGGUGUCAUACACAGGGAUUUGAAGCCCGAGAACGUCCUUCUCGAUGAUCAGCUGCAUGUGAAAAUCACCGAUUUCGGGACUGCCAGAUUAUUGAGCGACCCAAGGCAACAACAGGCUCCUAGAAUUGAGGAUAUAGGAACUAGCUCCAGGAGCAAAGACCAGGACGAUGAUAGCCGUGCGGCAUCCUUCGUCGGUACGGCUGAAUAUGUCAGCCCCGAACUUCUUACUAACAAAAAUGCGUGCAAGGCGAGCGAUUUAUGGGCGUACGGCUGCAUUAUCUAUCAAUUACUAGCUGGCCGACCGCCCUUCAAGGCCGGGUCGGAAUACUUGACGUUUCAAAAGAUCGUCAACCUCGAUUAUGAAUUCCCCGUAGGCUUCCCCCCGGCUGCGAGGGAUCUGGUCGAACGUUGUCUAGUUUUAGACCCCGCAAGGCGUCUUACAAUUGAGCACAUCAAGAAUCACGAAUUUUUCGAAGGGCAGCAGUUCGGUAAGAUCUUGUGGAAGUCGAAAGCACCGCGACUACGACCGUACGUUCCACCAUCUCAGGAGCCCAAGAUAAUCCAACUUAAUGGAUCGCCCUCCGGACAACAGGCUUCGUCGCGCCCUCCCACGACAGGAAAUGGUCUAAACGGCCCUUCCCGUGCGCCAGGAAGGAUCAUCACCGACAUCCCACCGCCAUCGCAACUUGAUAUCGAGUGGUCACCAGUAUUAACGAGAACGAAUGAGAGGAUCUUGCGACUUGGAGACCUUAUGGUUAUGUCGUCUCCAAUCCCGAACAGUCCGCAUAAUAAAAACGACGAGGGACACAGGAAGUUUUCUCGGUUCUUUGGUGGCAGCACGACGAAGAAGAGGCAGCGGCUAGUCAUGAUCACGUCUAGUGGGAGGAUUAUCCUCGCCCCGGCUGGAGGCGAAGAGAAGAAGACGAAAUUGGAGAUUUCACUUUUAACACCUGACUGCUCGUGGAAGAGUCAAGUAGAUGCGAAGGGACUGACUGUGUGGUGUGUUGAUUCGGCUGGUAUUCACUACACCUUUGAAGACGUCAAGUCGACUUCUUCUGUCGAACCGCCUCGCCCCACGGUGGAGGAUUGGCUUGAAAGUUUACAGCAGGCCAGAGACUUUGCCCUAUCCCAAAACCUCAGCCGUUCGUAUACUAGCGACAACGCAUUUGGAGAAAUGUCGUCAUCCAUGUCUAGCCCGGCCAGUACCUUCGGCGCAGAAGGCUACAACAUCAAUGAUAGAUCUCACCGCAACCACUUGAGCAAGAGCCAGGCGAGCCUGGAUGAUACAUCAACCGCGAAACGCAAUCGAUUUAGCAAGCGGCAAUCCAAGCAGGGAUUAGGUUCGGCUUUUUAGAAAUAGCUGUACAUCUAUAGCCCGGAAAUUCUGGCACAUGCGGUUAUUCGGAAUCCUCGCGAUCCUCGCAAAUUCGGCCAACGAACCAUCAGGGGCCUACCUAGUUUUCCCUUUCCUGGAGGCUUUUCUCUUCUUUCAUAUGCGGCAUGUUCUAG